CGGACCUGGCAACCCUGGGGAAGAGCAUGACUGAGUACGUCGAGUUUGAAGGAGUCCAGAGAGGAACAGAAAUAAACUAGUUUAGUAGCAUGGACGAACUAAAGCACCAGGUUAUGAUCAACCAGUUCGUUCUGAUCGCAGGCUGUGCGGCGGACCAGGCCAAACAGCUUCUCCAGGCAGCACACUGGCAGUUCGAGACUGCCCUUAGCUCCUUUUUUCAGGAAGCAAAUAUUCCCUACAGCCAUCAAAUGAUGUGCACGCCUGCCAACACCCCAGCGACGCCCCCCAACUUCCCAGACGCUCUAGCCAUGUUCUCCCAUCUUCGAGCCUCAGAGAGUAUCGGUGCCAGUCCCAUUGCUUCUAUGGCUACCUCUCCUCCACCCUACAUUAACUGGGCUGUUGGUCCCACACCACCUUCCAGCCAGCAGGGGCUUUGGGCAGCUGCUCAGCUUCCUUCUCACACCGCAGUUAGCCAGCAGGCAGCCUCUGAGCAGCCCAUGGAGGCCGAGAGAUGAGACAAAAACUCCAAGCAUGAUGAGGAGCGACACCACAGAGUGAAAGCACCUAAAGUGGAUAAAGCACUGAAAGACUGAGAAACAUGAGCAAUCAAGACUGAGCAUGUGUUCUCAUUUAAGAGACAGAACAGAAAUCGUCACUGUUUUUUUUAAAUUUUUAUUAAUAUAUUAUUUUUUUAAUCCAGUGACCUCCUGGAUGUAAUGUGUACUCAGACCUCAAGGUGCACGUGUGUAUGGGUUUAUUAGUUUCUUUUUCGUUGUUCACAGUGGAGCUUAUUCAGCAAACAGUCCACCACCAGACAGUGUUUGCACUGAAAUGUUUAUAAUAUUAUCAUACUUUGUUUUUCUAAAUAUUUGAAAGCAGUGUUUGUCGUUUGCAAUCCCAAAAUUCGACUUGAUGAUAGUACACCUGGUAUAGAAGGCUGUACAAUAAUGGCUAAUUGAUUGAUUGACAAAUAACCAAUAUAUUUUUGGUCAAUAUAUAUGGAGAUUACAAAUAUUUACUGUUCAUCUUUUUUGAUCAUUUGAAAUAAAAAGGUUUUUCUUUUUCACCCCCAAAAAAUAAACGCAAGUAGCUAACGUAA